AUGGAUGUCAGCGACAUCACACCUCAACUUGACAAACUCGAAGAGGAACUGAACAAGGCCCAGGAAACUCUCGGGCCUCUUGUAGGCGACAUUGGCGACAUCUCAUCAAAACUCCCACUCCUAGACAAGGCUAAACUUUACGUUCUGGUUUCGUACACGAUUGAGGCACUCCUCUUCUCUGCAUUACGCCUUAAUGGAGUAGACACUAAGGCACAUCCUGUGUUCACUGAGUUGGCUCGUGUGAGGCAGUAUGUCGAGAAGAUUGAAAAGCUCGAAAACCCACCCGCAGAGCGCGAGAACGCCGUCAACACUGAGGCGGCGGCCCGGUUCCUCAGGUCCGAUCUCGGCGACAACAAAGACAUUAAGGCAAAGCUGACGGAGCUCAUCGCUAAGGAACGGGAGAAGGCGGCAGCGAAAGCCUCGGAGAAGAAGCGCCCGGCGGAAGAGCAGGCCGCAGAGAACGGUGUUACGCCUGGAGAGAAACUCGCGAAGCGGCCGAAACGUAACGGCGGCAAGAAGAAGAAAUGA